CUCCUGUUUUACUAGAUCGGUGCGAGCCGUAGACCGACAACGUGUUCUUCUGCUGCUAAUCGUGUUCUUCAUUUGCUUUCAUUUUUAAACAACUUAUUUUUUUCCUUUGCGAAUCAAUUCAAAUAUAUAUUAUUGUAUUCUUCGUUUCGUGUCAUUAUUUCUGUCAUAUAUAUAUAUAUAUUUUCUCAUCGCGAGUAUAUAUAAGUGAAGAAGAAAGAUAAAGCUGACCAAUAUAAAAAAAAAAAAAUGCAAGUGUACAGUGAAGAUCCUAGAUUACUUUGUAUUUCUCGUGACAAACUAUUAAACGAAAAGAAUGCACGCCAACAAGUCUCUUUAACUCUUCGUGAACUUAUUGAUGCUUUGCAUGAAGCUUUCAAAACUGAUCAUGUGAACAUAGAUGAGGUUCAAAAUCUAAUGGCCUUAUACAGAAGCAACCCUUUGGAAUGGAAAAAAUAUGCCAAGUUUGAUAGAUACAGAUAUACAAGGAAUUUAGUUGAUGAAGGAAAUGGAAGGUUUAAUCUAAUGGUUCUAUGUUGGGGAGAAGGUCAUGGUUCAGCUAUACAUGAUCAUGCAAAUGCACAUUGUAUAAUGAAAAUUCUUCAAGGUGAACUAUGUGAGACACGAUAUGCAUGGCCUAAAAAUAACAAUGAAAUGAAAGAAUCAGAAGAACUACAAGAAUUGAAAAGAAAUACUCUUGGUCUCAAUGAAAUAUGUUAUAUCAAUGAUUCCUUAGGACUUCAUCGAGUUGAAAAUCCGAGUACUGUAAAUCCUGCUGUUUCGUUGCAUUUGUAUUCACCCCCAUUUUCUUCAUGUUCUGUCUUCAAUAAGCAGACUGGACAAAAGACUUCGUGUAAAGUUACAUUUUGGUCAAAAUAUGGAGAAAAACGGAAUCGGGAGAUUCAAGACGCCAGAUGUCCUGAAGACAAUUAAUAUUCCAAAAUUAAAGUUGAUAAUAACAAUUUUUUUAAAAAUUAUGUUAAUUUUAAAAUGUUAAUUCUUCGUAUAUUGUAUAAUAUAAAAAAAGAAAUUAAGUACUUAAAAAUAUUUAAAUUUUAGAUAAUAUUUUAAUUUCAAUUUGAUUUAUAUAAUUACAUAAUAUAAUAUAUAAAAUAAUUAAAUCUGAAAUAUUAA